GAAUGAACCUAGUUGAUCACUAAUCAUUACGAACGUUACGGACGUACACUUAAAACUCUCCGCGGAGGGUUUAAAGAGGCGUGGCCCAGGGGUUUUGUGUAGCUGUUGGUAGCAUUUACCAAUUACUCUGUUGAUUCGGUUCAUCCAUCACAAAGACGGUCCUCUUGUGAGGGCUGUAGAAAAAUCAAGGCGAGAUGUCAACGCUUGUAUGCAAACGACUCCAAAUGUGUGCGGUGCACGCUUCUCGACCUAGAUUGCAUUGUUGGACAACAGAAGAGAGUUGGAAGACCACGACGAGCCACUGCUGCAAAUGCUGAGGUACAAAAACACCGGAAGAAACCAGGCUUAGCUUCCAGUAAUCAGCAAGCUACACCAGCCAAAGUACACAACAAUGUCGCAAAUCCCAUCACAUCUCAUGAAACUCCUCCGAGUAAGGAAGGAAACCACCAGAAUUGGGGCAUGGACUUUCCAGUGAACACUUCAAUAACUGCAUUCGUUCCAACAGAUAGUGAAACAUAUUCCGGGACACAAGUAUGGCCAGCUGUUGAUAUAAACUCUUUCGAUCAAAACUUCCUUACAUGGGAUACUUCCAACGACCUUGAUCGUAAUUUCUUCUUAUCCAACAACGAUUCGGCCUUCAGCAGCGCAUCAUCAUCUGCUUCCUCGCUCAAUACGCCCUCCUCGACAGCCUCAUCACCUGCUGCUAGCAUUCAUAGCGCCGAAGGAAAUAUCUCGGAGACGCCAAGGGUAAAUCUAACAAAACCUAUCACAACUUCAGAUGCCAUGCUUGAGCUUUCCAAAAUCAAUCUCGGCUUGCACAUACGCAUGGUGGCUGUGGAAGCGAAUAGAGCAACAUUAGAUUUUGACGGCAUCAUUUAUGAAAGAGGCCCAUUGUUUAUUGAAAAUCUUUCGCUGGCUCAGUUCCUGUUAAAGGCAUCCCAAGACGUAAGACUUAUCUUGAAACGGAUUAUAAGCAGCCGAGCGGAUCAUGGCAUGUCAUAUUCUGCGCAAACAGAGACAAAUUCACUGGGAUCAUUAACAUUAUCAUCGCAAGCACUCUUAGGGAAACUCCGUAAUCCAAUAUCGAUCUCUUCAUCAAGUUCCUCCCCUGCUUCAGAACUAUUGUUUGCACCUCUUGCUCUGAACAUCACAAGUAUUUUUACCCAACUCAUUACACUCUGCGAGCUCAACGUUGAGCUCAUGACUAUCCGCAUUGAGCAAGUCGCCACAAACCCCGUUGUAGAACUACCAAACCUCAGUUUCGGCAGCUUACCUGUGGCAGAACCAUGCAUGCAGGGAAUGAUCUUCUGCGAACUUAUGACACAUAUAAUGGAGGGUAUCGAACGAGCUCUCGGCCUAAAUUCGGUCCUUGGGGUGAGCACAGCUGGAUUGCUAUCCGCGAGACAAAAAGAUGUGCUUUGGAGCGAGUUGGACGGAAGUUCUGGCAUUAUUCCAGGCCACGGUAUCAUGAGGCCCAUCAAUUUACGGAAGGGGUUUGGAAGACUUGCGGUGGUUCUCAGACAAUAUUAUGUGGAUCAAAUGGCUAUUUACAAUUGAGAAUUAUGUUCACAGGACUACACGUCGGCACUUUUAUAAUGCGGGUUUUACGUUUGCCUUUUGAACUACUCCGGGGCAUCAAGAGAAUAUCAACUGAAUUAUGGAGAAAAUGGCGUAUGAACUGCAAUUAAAGUCCUCGAUUUUGCUUUGCUGCAUCAUAGGAAACGGGGCGUUCCACAAUAGACGACUAACUUCAUAAAUCUACUCAUAAUCGAAAAAAAAAGAAAAGAAAAAAAAAAAGAAAGACAUGCCGGGUCUGGUAACAGGCGCUUAAUACUGGUGCAUGAUAGGUCACUGCUAUGCCACAAAGUGUAUUUCGAUCGCCAGAGCAAUGGCGACCCAACUCAGGAAGCUUGGAAAUGCUUUCUUUCAUUUCCUAUCUAGAUUCGACAUUGCGAUUUACGCAAUAAAUACAUCAAUCAAGUAUUUCUCGUGGGUGCAAAAAAAGACACCAGGAAAAGACAUUCUAUCUCUCGCUUCUCUUCUCCAGUCCAUCACCCGAAGGAUGUGUUGUUAUUACUUAUUAUUGUUAUCCUACCAACCAUAAACACAUCAUCCAUCCAUCCAUCACAUCAAGAAUAUUCGUUUCUUCUGUAUUAUUAUUGACAUUACUUGAUGGAAUUAGUUGGGUCCGCCCGCCUGGACUCGGUUCUAGUCGCAUUGUUUUUAUUGUUCUGUUCUGUCAUUAAUAAACUACUCGUAGUCUAGUCUAGACUACUAGAAAUACCUACCCAUCUAUGUAGUAAUAUAUAUAUAUAUAUAUAGAAAAUAGAAUAGAGUGUACGAGGGCGCGUCUUUGAAGAGUACUAGGCAAUACAAUCGAACUUAUCA